UCUCCAGGUUCCCCCGUCCCGUCCUCUCAGCUACUGGGGGCCCGGCUCCAGAGUGCCCCCACCCUGACCGAGGUCUACCAGACCAGGCAGAAGCUCCACAAGCAGUUAUCAGACCCGGUUCAGCCUUCCUCCUCCGCCUCCUCUUCCUCCUUCAGUCAUUCCCCUCAGUUCGGCCGCCCGGCCAACCUGGGCUCCUCCCCCACAAAGCUCCUGGGCACCUCCCCCCGCACGUCCGACUGGCUGCAGAAGUCCCCGCUGCCAACCAUCAUCGGCUCUCCCACUAAAACCAUAUCGGCCCCGUUCAAGAUUCCCAAAACACAAGCGUCCUGUAAUCUGAUGGCGCUGGCGGACAGCCCCGUGCCCACCAAGACGUUGGCAGAUGCUCGGGAAAUGUGUGCCCACCACUGCAACCAGUACCUCUCCGGACGCCCCGCGGCCCCCGAGGCCAGCAGGACCUUUGGCAGGUCCGUUAGUACAGGUCGUCUGUCUGAGCAGCAAAUCAGAAUCACUCUGGGGGGACAGGCCUAUCAGGGCAGCAAUGACAGCCUGAACGCAGAGCGACCCAUGGACACAGCCCCUGCAGGUCCCAGUGGGCUGGUUCAGGGUAUGUCAGCGAGCCCCCGUACCGUCCUCUUCACCGUGGGUUCACCGCCCAACAGUAGCACUCCGCCCACCUGCAGCCACAUGGGCACACGACCCCGCACCACCUCAGUGGGCUCCAACAGUUCUGGUGGCUCCUUGUGCUCCACCAGCGGUCGGGUCUAUGUGGGGUCUCCCCCCGGCAUGGCCAUGGGCUGCUCUCCUCCAGGGGGUUUCGGGGUGAGUCAGGUUGCUCACGGGAGUGAUGGGGCACCCAGCAGCCUGCGCUACGUUCCCUAUGGGACUUCCCCCCCCAGCUUGGAGGGGUUCAUCACAUUCGAAGCCCCUGAGCUGCCCGAGGAGACUCUGAUGGAGCGAGAGCACACAGACACGCUGAUGUACCUCCGCAUGAUGCUCUCCUUCACGGACUGCGUCCUGGAGAUGGCAGCGGUGCGAGCCGGAGGGACGGAGCUCGGCGUAUCGUCGGCCUCGCUCUACCCCCCCCAGGACAGCGUGGUGGUAGACCAGAUCAGCCAGCUCAGCAAAGAGUGGGGGCAGGUGGAGCAGUUGGUGCUCUACAUGAAGGCGGCUCAGCUCCUGGCUUCCUCUCUGCAUCUGGCCAAGGCGCAGAUCAAAUCAGCCAAGCUCAAUCCUUCCAGUGCCGUCAAACAGGUGGUGAAGAGUCUGAACGAGCGUUACAAAAGCUGCAUCUCCCUCUGCCGGCGGCUGACAGACAAACUCAACCACUUCUUCUCCGACAAGCAGCGCUUUAUGGACGAGAUCAACAGCGUCACAGCGGAGAAGCUCAUCUACAAUAAUGCCGUGGAGAUGGUUCAGUCUGCGGCUCUGGAUGAGAUGUUCAAGCAGACCGAAGAUAUCGCCUACCGCUACAGCAAGGCCGCCAUGCUGCUGGACGGCCUGUCCAAGAUCCUGCAGGACCCCACCGACAUUGAGAACGUGGUCAAGUACAAGGCCAGCGUGGACCGCAGGAUCUCAGCCCUCUGCUACUGCACUGUUACACUAUACGAGUAGCAGCCCACACACACACACACACACACACACACACACACACACACACACACACACACACACACACACACA